CCCGGCAACAACGGCAACGAGAGGCAGGAAUCCACCCGCUCUUCAUUCACUCGUUUAUUUCUACCUCUAAUCCUUUAUUCCUCCUCUGCUGCUGCUUCCCUUCAUCCCCUCUCUCUCUCUCUCUCUCUCUCUCUCUCUCUCUCUCAGAGUUAGAGGAGGAGGAGGAGGAGGAGGAGGAGGAGGAGGAAGGAGGGAGGAGGAAGGGGUGGGGAGGGAAAGCAUUGCGAUACUGCAGGAACAGACUGAGGAGCUACAGGAGAGAAGAGAGGGAGAGGAGGAAGGAGGAGGAGAAAAUCAGAAAGGAAGAAGAGAGGUAGAAUGGACAAAAGGAGGACAAAUAAAGGAUGGAAAAAAGAGACAAGAUUAGGUGAAGUGAGAGGAAAAGGGGGGAUAAAGGAAGAGGAAAGAGGUUAAGAUAGAAGAAAAGAUUAAAGUAAAGGUAGAAAAAAGAGGUGGAAGGGAGGGAAAAAGAUCAAAUGACAGGAAAACAGCAGGAGGAAUAAGGAAUAAAGGACUGGGAGGAUGAAAAAGAGGUAGACAAAGUGAAGAAUAGAAAGAAAACCGGAGCAAGAACGGAUGCAGGGAUCUAUAUUUGGGGUUUUCUGGUGGAGAUCUGGUGCAGCGUUUGGCUUGAGGAUGCAGUCGGAUACAAACUGAACUAAACAUCCACAAUCCUCUGAAGGACUUCCCUCCGUUUCUUUGUGGAUGAUGUUUCAACAGGAACUCAACUCGUUUUUCCCUGAAAACUUCCAGCUGGUCGGACCGACUCCGAUCCAGCAGACUUCCUGUCAGAGAUGAAACACGAGGACGCAGACGGACAGAAAUGGAAAGUUUACUGACGUGUGAAGAAUGAAGCGAGACGGACGUUGUUUUUAUUGACGAAUGGACUGAAACCUGUUGGAAUAUUAGCAACAAAUUCCCUGAGAGGUUUGGUGGGAAGAACUCUGGUCAGAGACUUUACAGAUGAUCAAAGGAGUCACUGAUGGGAGGACGGAGAUAUUUUAAAGGCAGAUUUGGGCUGUUGGAUGUAUUUUUGAUUGACGGACUGAGGAAAGUCUUGGAAAACUCCCAAAUUCUGAAAAUAAGCUUUACGGAUACGUUAAAAUUUAAGUGAUUCGAGUAAUUUUAAUUGACAACCAAAUGAUGUCUUGGAGGAAUUUCCUGAAGGCUUUGGUCAGGAAUGACUUCAGUCACUAAGACAGGACUUUACUGUGCAUUUCAGAGGUUACUGGUGGACGGAUGUAGAGUUCACUGAUCUUUUACGGAUAAAUCAAUAUAGGACGUUUGUUGGCAGACGUACAAAUAAAUUUGGUUGAUGAAAUGAGCAAAACUCCCAUAUGCCCAUAGGUCUUGGAUGAGGAAGAUAGUACAGUUUAGAGAUAUUUUAAGGAUACAUUUGGACCGUUGGUUGGUUUUGAAUUGCGGAAAACUCUAAAUUCUCUUUUUGGUGAGAAUGAAACUGAAAUAAGGAUACAGCUGCAGAAACUGCUUACCGAUACAUAAAAGUUUAAGGGUUAUAAGUAGUUUGGAUUGCUGAACAAAGAAAAGUCUUGGCACACUCCCAGAUUUCCUCAGUAAUUUGGUGACAUAGACUCGAAUAACCAAGACAUCACUUUACAGAUGAAGUUAUUGAUGGAUGGGAGCUCAGUUUACUGAUACAUUAAGAGUGAAUCGAUACCCUCUGAUGUUUGUGAGACUGAAACCUGUUGGAAUAUUUUAAGGAAAUUCCUUGGUGAGACAAUGUAAUGAUUUAGACUUCCUCACUGGAUGCAUGGACAGAUUAAAGAUAUUAUCCUACUGGAUGUUUGUUGUUGAAGACAUAGAUUUGAUUGAGAAGAUUUUUGGUGAGAACACAAAGAUACAUCAAGAUAAACAAAUCAUAUAUUAAAAAUAAGUUAUUUGAAAAGAAAGAAAUACGGAUCACCAUCAAAAUCUGUCCUGGAACAACUAAUUCAAUCAGAUUCUGACAGGAUUCCUUUGGAUACUUGUUGCUAUGAAACAUUGUUUCAGAUUUUGGAUUGAAAAACUGGUCUAAACCUCCUAAAAUGCUCCUUGAACCUUUGUGAAGCUGUCUGAGUUUCUUUUCACUGGAUAACGCUUCAUCUCUGACUUGUUUUAUCCUGAAAAUCUUAAUUUUCCGAUCCAGCUCUGGCUCCACAUGCUGCCAUGUUGCACAAUCAAACACAACUUUCAUCGCUGUUGCCGCUCAGCCUCGAUGGUAUUCAUCAGGUUUCCUUCCUGUAGAGUUGUGAUUCUCCGUUCUUGUUGGAUUAAAUCUGGUUGUUUUACGAUGGUGAAUGAGGACGAGUUUGGACCUGGUUCCUCUUCAAGGAGAAGAACUUUGAGCAGAUAAUGGAUUGGAAGGAACUGGCGGCUCAGAAGCUCAGUCUGUCCCGCAGGAAGAAGUCCCAGCCGGGCCCCGCCUCUCCACCCAGUGAGGCCCCGGGGCCCCUGGUCUACACUGGUGGCUUUAGCGGCGCCCUGCAGCUCUCCCCGCCCGCAGUCCCACCAUGCCUCCUCCGGGCCGGGUCAAAGGUCAAGGACGCGCCGGGGAUGGGGAAGGUCCGAGUGAUGGUCCGGAUCUGUUCGGUGCGCAGCAGUGAGUCCUCAGAGUCCAUGUCCCCGCUCAAAGUGGACGGCAGGAAGAAGCAGCUGACUCUCUGCGAGACGUCCGCCAGCGGACUCUCCGCCGCUGCCCCGAGGCGCUCCUCGACCUCUGCUCCAAAGACCUUCAUGUUCGACGCUGUCUUCUCCCAGGAUGCUUCACAGGCUGAGGUGUGUUCGGGGACGGUGGCUGAGGUCAUCCAGUCGGUGGUUAACGGAGCGGACGGCUGCAUCUUCUGCUUCGGACACGCUAACCUGGGUAAGACGUACACCAUGAUUGGUCGGGACUGCUCCACCCAGAGUCUGGGCGUGGCUCCCACAGCCGUCUCCUGGCUGUUCAAGGUGAUCGAGGAGCGGAGGGAAAAGUGUGGAGCUCGUUUCUCUGUCCGAGUGUCCGCCGUGGAGAUUUCCGGUCGGGAGGAGACGCUCACCGACCUCCUGGCUGAACCCUCCUCCUCCUCAGCUGGGGGCCACCAGGAGGCCUCGGGGCCUGUGGUCUCACUGCAGGAAGACCCCCUCUGUGGAUCUCAGCUGCAGAACCAGACGGAGCUGCGGGCGACCAACGCAGAGCGAGCUGCGUUUUUCCUGGACGCCGCCUUGGCAGCGAGGAGGAGCAGCCGGGCGCCGAGUGACCAGGAGGCUCGGAGGAACUCGCACUUCCUGUUCACCCUGCACCUCUACCAGGAGAGGCUGGACAAGAGCAACAAGGCAGCAGGUCGGUUUGUCUUGUCUGGUCGGAGCCGUCUCCACCUCCUGGAUCUGGGAAGCUGUGAGACGGACAUCAGCAGGACCAGAGAGGGAGGCGGAGGUCAGUGUCUGUCUCUGUCCGCGCUGGGAAACGUCAUCCUCGCCCUCGCCAACGGAGCCAAGCAUGUUCCCUACAGGGACAGUAAGCUCACCAUGCUGCUCAGUGAAUCCCUGGGAAACAUCAACUGUCAAACCACCAUGAUAGCCCACAUCUCAGACUCCCCGGCGAACUACAUGGAGACGCUGACCACGGUGCAGCUUGCCUCCCGCAUCCACCGCAUGAGGAAGAAGAAGUCCAAGUAUGCCUCCAGCUCAUCCGGAGGGGAGAGUUCCUGUGAGGAAGGCCCGUCCCAUCGACCUCCUCAUCUGCGACCUUUCCACCCACGGACCGUGGCCCUCGACCCGGACACGCCUCUGCUGCUCUCCAGCGACCCGGACUAUUCCUCCAGCAGUGAACACUCCUGCGACACCGUCAUCUACGUUGGGCCUGGAGGAACGGCCAUCUCAGACCGAGAAUUAAGCGACAACGAGGGACCACCGUCCUUUGUUCCCAUCAUCCCCUCCCUGAAUAAAAAGCAAGUCAAAGAUGCACCCAGGUCUGAUGGGGAUCACUUCAAGUGUAACACAUUUGCAGAGCUGCAGGAGAGACUUGACUGCAUAGAUGGCAGCGAGGGCCCAGCUGUGUUCGGCACAGAAGGCAAAGCACCACAAGCAGCAGCGCUCAGGACUCAGACUGGAGCCACUAAACCCACAGAGGCAACUUCUCCACCCAAAUCUGAUAAGAACUCCUCCCACGGGUUCUUAGAAAGUACACCAACAACAAGCACAAAUAUACCAGAUCAGGAAAAAUCCAAAUUACCUUCAGCCGGUGGCCUCAUGGACACUUCCAAACGAACUAGUGCAGAUGGGGAGAAACUAUCAGCCCCCUUUCAGCCAUGUGUGGUGAUGUCCAGUGGAUUUUUUUCCCAGGAAUUAGAACCUGUUGUGCGAGAGAAGGUCUACCUCAAAGGAGGUGUACCUAAGCCGUCGGCCUCACCAUCCCUACCCAGGACAUUCAGGGCUGCAUCUCAGCCUAGGGAGGUUGUCGGCAGGACUCCCCCUGUGGGUAUGAGUCAACAAGCACUGAGGCACGACCAACCAGUGGGGUCCCCUAACCCGGAAAGGGUCCCUCAUACAAGCAGAAGCUCCGUGGAGGUGAACGAUCUUCGGGCAACUCUGUUAGGAAGAUGCCUCGACAGGAAUUUCCUGAGGACGACAGUUACACUGCAGCAGCCUGUGGAGCUGAAUGGGGAGGAUGAGCUGGUGUUUACAGUUGUAGAGGAACUUCCUCAUGGCCUCAUCCCCGACAAUGGCCGCCCCUCCAACCUACUCAGCUUCAACAGUGACUGCUCUCAGCAGGCAGUAGCCUCUGGCUCCCGCCCUGUAAGCAUCAUCAGCAGUAUUAACGACGAGUAUGAUGCUUACACAUCUCAGCAAGGAGCUGUGGGACCCAGGGCUGAGGUUGGCACCGCCUGCCAGGAAAGGCUGGUUUCCCAACAUGGCAACAAGCAGUCAGCUGUUGGCUCUUGGCCCAGGGAAGUGAGUGCUGAAUCAUCUGAAAGUGAAAGCAUUCAUUCAAUAAGAAGCCUUUACUUGAGGGACAAAAACAUGUCAGCAGAGAAUGCAUCAACGCUGACCUCGCCAAGUAUAUUUCUUAAACAGCCAUUUUUGCAGCAUGGCAUCAAGAGCUCCCUGAAUGAUAGUGGCUGUUUCUCAGAGCUGGACAGUAACCACGCUACUCCGAACAAACCUUUCUUUACCAAGUGUCCUCCCUCCCCUGACUCAACCAAAGCCUCUCUCAAAGGCUCUCUCAAGAUGAGAGCCAAUACUCUAAACACUUCAGCCCAGAACCCCCAUCACACCGCCCAUUCCAGUCUUCCCAGAAAAACCAAGCCUACCUCAUCUGCAACUGUGAGCUGCAGCAGACAGGAAGGCAGACAUGAUGACUUUUUGCUUCAGGGAAGCAGUGACUUUGAUCCCAGAGAGGUUGAGUUUCUCUCUGCAGGUAAGCCACCAAGAAGUGGCAUGAGUAGUGUUUCCUUUAAGAGGCCCAGAGGAAACAGUAACAGUGUACCUCGACCUCCAAAGGCACAAGGGUCAUCUUCAGCUCAGAGGAUUGUGGAUGGUUGUGAGAGGUUCAGCAGCAGGAGAGGAGACACUCUCAUCAAGCUGCCACGACUCACCCGAGGUGCAACGACUCUAGGAACUGUUUCCAUUCCUCAGAGUUCUGAAUCAAAAUGGGGUCAUGAGGGCACUUCAGUGAUGGGUACCCUGAGGUUUUCGUCCUUGGGAAAAAAGUCAAACGAGCAUAAAAGCAUCGUGAUCUCCAAGUCUGGAUCUGGAAACAUCUCUCCUCCUGCUCCACCUGUCAGACAACCAAGCCAAGAACAAAAGACAAGGACUGCACUAUCUCCAAGUGCCUUAAAAACAAGCAGCGACAUUGGAAAGUCCUCGUUUCCUAAAACAUCAACCUCAGAGGAAGAAUUCAACAUCAGGCUGCAGGCAGAUUCUUUCAGCCACAGGACAUCAAGUGUAAAACCUGAACAUGGCUCUGCCAGGACAACUUCUAGCCUAAAGAUUCGUGGGGCCAAAGCAGAGUCCUCCAGGUACUAUGGCAGUCUGACGUCUCUGGAAAGAUGUGAGAGUCAAACUUUAGCUGGGUCCAAGCAUGAGCUGUUCAGGGAGAACAGUGGUGCUACUUUAGGAGGUAACAGCAGGUGCAACCGAUCAGUGCCACGACUGGGGCUUCCAGCAUCAGCCUCCACAUCUGCUGCUGCUUCUUCCCAAGUUUCUCCUGGUGUCUUUGCAACUACAAGCAAACUAGGGCAGGUCAAAGGCAACAGCAGCUCGCGAGCAGCAGUAUCUGGUGGAUCAAAAGUUCGGACCCUGUCUACCAGUAGUUCCAAGAGCCUGAGCACCUCCUCUAAACCUCUUGAUAAUGUAGUUGGUCGCAACACCAGCCUACCUCCAACUAGUAAGUCUCCAGCUCGGUCAGGGACUGGAGCCAAGAUGGGAAGAGGCACCAUCAUGGGCACAAAGCAGGCCAUCAGCAGGGCGGCUAACAGCCGCGUUAGUGAGCUAGCCACCGGGAGCCCGAGGAAGCAGGUCAGCAGGGGGCCCGGAGCAACAGGAAAUGAUGGCACUGACAGUGGGAUGAGUAGUGUCAGCGGGUCGCCAAUCAACACGCCACUACCAUCACCUUACAGCAAGAUCACUGCGCCUCGAAGGCCACAGCGUUACAGCAGUGGGCACGGCAGUGACAACAGCAGCAUCCUCAGUGGGGAGCUGCCCCCCGCCAUGGGUCGCACUGCCUUGUUUUACCACAGUGGGGGGAGCAGCGGCUAUGAGAGCAUGAUCCGAGACAGUGAGACCACUGGCAGCACUUCAUCAGCUCAUGACUCCAUGAGCGAGAGUGGAGUGUCCUCGUCCAAUAGAAGCAGAGUUUCUAAAUCGCCCAAGAAGAGAGGAAAUGGUUUCCAGCGGCGGCGUCUGAUUCCAGCUCCCCUCCCGGACACCUCCUCUCUGGGCAGGAAGGUGGGGGGUCAGUGGGUGGACCUGCCACCGCUGGGCGGCUCCCUGAAGGAGCCCUUCGAGAUAAAGGUGUACGAGAUCGACGACGUGGAGCGCCUGCAGAGGAGGAGGGAGGUGAUGACGGGGUCAGAGCAGCCCUUCCAUGACGUGGAAAAGGGUCUGCUGUACUUUAACGCCCGGCUGAGGAUGCUGGAGAAGAGGCAGCAGCAGAUCAGAGAGCUGAAGAGCAAACACGAGAGGCUGAAGGUGGAGCUGGAGGAAGCCAAGAGCCGGCUGAUGCUGGACCCGAGCAAAUGGAGCGGAGAGUUUGACGUCGACCAAGACCUGGACCGGGAGUCCCAGGAGUACCUGGAGGCUCUGGCUCAGGCCACGGCGGAGUUGGAAUACUGCGUCAACCUCUGCAAGUCCCGCGUCAUGAUGGAGACCUGCUUUGACAUCGCCGUGACGACAGCCACCACCGCCACACAGGGAGGGCAGCAAGAAGUGGAGGUGUAAGAGGAUUCUUAAAAGAGCUGGAUACUGCCCCGCCACUGUGAGUCCGCCCCAGCGGUCCCUCCCCUGACCCACCACAGACCGCCGUUAUAAGAGUCUGACAGGACGUCCACAGUGGCGAUGAUUACUGUCUGUAUCAUCUGUGUGGAGCCAUGUUGAUCCCAGUGAAAUAUCUACAACAACAAUUGGACGGAUCACCGUGAGGAUAUCGUUAUCUCUGAUCAAUAAACCAUAAAUCCACAGAAAAAAGACGGUUCUUAUAUCUGCAGAACCUUCAUGUUUCCUUCAGUGUCACAGGAAUCAGCUGGGGAGACAUCUGAGGAGCAUUUACAGGGUCUCGUUCUCCAGAUAGGCUUUAAUUACCCCUUCAUAAGCCCCGCCCCUUCCUGCUCUGUGCUCCAAUCAUGGCUGAGCAAGAUAUGCUAUAUGCUAAGCUAAUUUACGCUGAAAAGACAACCACAUUUUGAAGAUGGUUAAAAGAUAAGACACAUAUAUAUAUUCACGUCUUAAGUUAGAUAAUGUUAGCAAAAUGCUAGCUAAUUAGCUAGUGAAUCUACAUCAAUCAUUAGCUAUUGAGUUACGUUGCUAGUUAUUAGCUAGCUAUUGAUUGAUUAGUAAUCUAGUUAGCCAACAUUAGCUAACUUAAGAUGUGACUACGUGAUAUACACUACUCACAAAAAGUUAGGGAUAUUCGGCUUUCGGAUGAAAUUUCAGAAUGUACAUAAAAUACACUAUAACCUUUCCAGGUGAUCGUAAUUUAACUUUCUACUUAAAUGACCUACUUUCAUGAUAUAAUAUCACUGUAGCAUCAACUUUUUACAUUUUCAUUAAAUUUCACCCGAAAGUGGAAUAUCCCUAACUUUUUGUGAGUAGUGUAUUUAUUUGAUCUUUUAACAUUUUUCAAAAUGUGGUUUUCAACAGAUAACAGAUUAGCUUAGCAUAUAGCAUAUCUACAGGAAGCACACUUUUUGCCUCAGGAUGGUGAAGUCAUGAUGAGCCCUACUCUCUGAUUGGUUGGUACUCGUAGCCUUUGUUGGUUUGGUUGGUUCCGUUUAGGCAUGAGGAGUGGGAUUGGUCAGGGUUAGCCAAUCAGAGCCGUGACUUCACCAUCCUGGGAAAUAAAAUACACGAAAUGAGAAAGUGGAUCAGCUUCCAAACGAUGUAGGAAGGGUCAAUAGUUUCUGUUGUCAUACUGGUUCUCAAAUAGCCUUUUAUGUAGAUGUUGGCAUGUUAGCAUCUAUAAGAUUAGCGGCGUUUUUUACUAUUUUCACACAAAAGAUUCAAACAGGAGUUGAAGGAGGGAGCAGGAGGCUCAUCCAGAUUACACUCACUGACCGGAGGCUGUGUAAUGUGUGAAACAUCCCAACAGACCAACAGAGGACACCCUGCAGUAUCCAGUUCUUCUAAAACGUCACUUUAUCCAACAGCUCUGGACACAGGAAGUAAAGACAGGACGCGUUGGUGACGAGUUUCUGAAGACACAUCUAACGUUUGUGGAUUCAUUUGAUGUUUGUUCUCUCUGGAGACGUCUGGAGGAACUCCCUGCUGGUCCUGGAUCAGAUUAAUGAGGAACAGGUCUCUAAAAGGAUGAAAGCUCUGGAAGUGCCUUUAUAUUUAUUAUACCUAAUUUAAUACGUUGAUGAAGUUGAAGUAUUAUUUUCCUUAUUUAUGAUGUUUUUUUCUACUUAUCAUGUCUGUUUUUAUGGUGCUGAUCUUAAAGGAAACUACUAGAUCUGUUAUGCAAAGAGAAGAUAUUUGGAGUAGACGCUGUGUUUAUGUGAUAAGAAGGAGGGAAGAUUGCAAACCUCAGUCUCUGCCUUCGUCAUACUGGAUUCAUUCGCUGGCUUUGACACCAACACUGACUCAGACUUUCUCUCAGAUUACAAAUGUCUGUCUGUCUGUCUGUCUCGUGGAGGAUCAGGAGCUCUGGACUCUUUCUGUGUGAGUUUCUUUCUAUAGAAGGUUCCUUAAGGAACCAGGUUGGGAACCAGAGCUCUGAGCGAGCUCCUGGCAGCGAUACGAGGAAGAGUUCCAACAUCUCCUAAAGGAGCUCGCUCUUCCUCCUCCUCUUUCUCCUCCUCUUUCUCAUUCAAACAAAGUCAGCAGACAAAGGAUUUUUUAUUUUAGAACAUUUCUCUAUUUCCAUUUUUUACCUUUUGAGUCUGUCCUCCUCCUCCUCCUCCUUCUCCUUCUCCUCCUCCUCCUCCUCCUCCUCUUCCUCCUCCUCGGGCUCUUUUUGAAGUGCAUGAAAACAUUUUUUGUCGUCCUGCGUUCAGUUGUUGACGAAGAGAAACACAGUUUUUAAUAUUUGACCUUUAACGAUGUAUUCAGACUGUUUUUAUUUGUUUUGUUACUGUACAGUUUUAUAAUGAUUUCUAAAGAAAAGACGAGAUGUGAAAGACGAGUGGAUCAUAAAUGUUAAUAAAGAUAAAGUUCAGUUA